AUGAACAGUACUUCGGCCUCGCAGCACCAGCUGGGAUCCUCGGCGUCGUCGAGCGCCCGGGACGAUUCGACCAUUGUUGGUCUACACUAUCGUAUUGGCAAGAAAAUCGGUGAAGGUUCGUUCGGUGUUUUAUUUGAAGGAACCAACAUGAUCAACGGUGUCCCAGUGGCUAUCAAGUUCGAGCCCCGCAAGUCUGAGGCUCCGCAGCUCAAGGACGAAUAUCGCACGUACAAGAUCUUAGCCGGAACUUCCGGCAUCCCGCAGGCCUAUUAUUUUGGGCAAGAAGGCCUCCACAACAUCCUCGUUAUUGAUUUGUUGGGACCCUCGCUUGAAGACCUCUUUGACUGGUGCGGUCGCAGAUUUUCUGUGAAGACCGUGGUCCAGGUUGCGGUGCAAAUGAUCACGUUGAUCGAAGAUCUACAUGCACACGACUUAAUUUACCGCGAUAUCAAGCCCGACAACUUCCUGAUCGGACGUCCCGCUACUGUAGACGAAAACAAAGUGCACCUUAUCGAUUUCGGAAUGGCAAAACAGUAUCGGGAUCCUAAGACAAAACAGCACAUUCCAUAUCGCGAGAAGAAAUCCCUAAGCGGUACUGCUCGUUACAUGUCGAUCAACACGCAUUUGGGACGCGAACAAUCUCGUAGAGACGAUAUGGAAGCAAUGGGUCAUGUAUUUUUCUACUUCUUGAGAGGCCAAUUGCCUUGGCAAGGUUUGAAAGCGCCCAACAACAAACAGAAAUACGAAAAGAUUGGCGAAAAGAAAAGGGUCACAAACGUCUAUGACCUUGCUCAAGGAUUGCCAGUUCAAUUCGGUCGCUAUUUGGAAGUUGUGAGAAACUUGGCUUUCGAAGAAACUCCAGAUUACGAAGGAUAUAGAAAGCUUUUCCUAUCAAUUUUAGACGACAUGGGCACAGAAGCAGAUGGUGAAUACGAUUGGAUGAAGUUGAAUGGUGGACGUGGUUGGGAUUUGAAUAUCAACAAGAAACCUAACUUACACGGUUACGGCCAUCCAAACCCACCUAACGACAAAAAUAGAAGACACAGAAACAAGUACACUCAAGGACAAACAGCCGACCCUCAACAACAAUUGCGCUACCAACAACAGCAAUUGCUACAGCAACAACAACAGCAACAGCAAUUGCAACAGCAGCAGCAGCAGCAACAACAAUUACAACAGCAACAAUUACAACAACAACAACAACAACAACAACAACUACAGCAACAGCAACAGCAGCAACAGCAGCAACAGCAACAGGCUUUGCAGCAGAACAGACUCGAUCCAACGUCGUACGAAGCUUAUCAACAACAGACUCAGCAAAAGUACGCACAACAGCAACAGAAGACUCAACAACAAAGCCGUGUUCACGGCUAUAAUCAGCAUGCCGUACAGCAGACGCCCAACCAGUACGGUGCCCAACCACAACCUGUUGUAAAACAGAAUGCCCAUCCAUCUGGUAAAGCGGCAGCUGCAGAUGGACAUUCCUUAACAUCUGGCAAAGGUUUUUUCUCGAAGUUGGGAUGUUGCUGA